AUGUUAGAUGAAGACAGUGUGAUAAUUGAUGAAGAUCAAAGUUCUAUAACUUCUGUGGAAGACAAUACUGAAUACCCGACCGACUAUGAUUCUUCAGCUGCUUCUGACUCGGAACCGGAUAAUCCUGCGUCUCAAGUACAAGGAUCUAUAGUAAAAGGUAAAAAUGGUUAUACUUGGUCACUUGUACCACCUCCUACUACUAGAACAGCUAAUAUAAAUAUAAUUCGUAUACCUCAUGCAAGGGGAACAGCUCUAAAUAUAACAACUGAAGAGGAUGCUUUUAAAAUAUUGCUAGACCAGUCAGCCAUAAAUAUGAUUGUCAUUCAUACAAACACAGAGAUAGCUAAGCGUAGAGAAAAAUUUACCUCUCCUCAAAGGUAUUUAUGUGAUACUGAUUCAACUGAAAUUUUAUCUUUGAUUGGCUUGCUAUACACAGCAGGAUCACAGAAAGAUGGGCACCUUAGCACUUCUGAAAUGUGGUCUCCUUAUGGAUCACAGUUUUAUAAGUGUGUUAUGACUGAAAAUCGAUUUAGGUUUUUACUGAUAUGCUUAAGAUUCGACAACAAAGACGUGCGAAAUACAAAAGACAAUUUUGCCCCCAUUAGAGAGCUUUGGAUGAACUUCAUUGAUAAAUGCAAAUCAGUUUAUGAGCCCCAUGCUUAUGUUACUAUUGAUGAGCAAUUGCUGGCAUUUCGUGGCCGAUGUCCAUUUAAGGUUUAUAUCGCUAAGAAACCAGAUAAGUAUGGAAUUAAAAUAGUGACUAUGUGUGAUGCACGCACUUACUACAUGAUUGAUGCAAUUCCGUACAUUGGUAAAGACCCAGGUAAAACUUCAGCUGAUUAUUAUGUAAACAAUCUGACAAAAACAAUACAUGGUACGGGUCGCAACAUAAUAUGUGAUAACUGGUUUAUGUCUGUGCCUCUUGUUGAGGAAAUGGCCAAAGAUCACAACUUAACACUUGUAGGAACUGUAAGGCGCAACAAAAGAGAAAUUCCUACCUCAUUUUUGGCAGACAAACAAAAGCCUGUCAACACAACACAAUUUGGACUUUCUGGUCAAGUGAUGCUUACAUCAUUUACUCCUAAAAAGAACAAAUGCGUUUUGAUUCUGUCAACUAUGCAUAACCAACCUGAUGUAAAUAAAGACUCCCAAAAGCCUGAAGUCAUAGAGUUUUACAACUCGACUAAAGGAGGAGUAGAUACAUUUUAUAAAAUGGUACACGCAUACAGUGUAUCAAGAGGUACUAGACGAUGGCCCCUCCGCAUGUGCUAUGGUAUGUUGGACCAAGCAGGCGUUAAUGCAAUGGUCCUGUUCAAAAAAACUGUACCAUUAGAGAAUAUGAAGCGAAGGCAAUUUUUAAAGGAGCUGGGACUGCAGUUGGCAAGACCUCACAUGGAAAGAAGACUGGAAACAAAUCUUUCAAAGGAGCUGAAGGCUACCAUCAAGGCAAUUCUACACAUAGAGGAUCCUCAGCUACCCCUCAACCCACCGGCAAAGCUAGCUAAACAAGCUAGAUGUCACUUGUGUCCACGUUGUAAGGACAAAAAAGUGAAACUGUGUGUUCAAAAUGCAGGAAACCAACUUGUGGUGACCAUCGCAAAGAAGUCUAUGAUGAAUGUUUUUAAGACAAAAGGUAAAUUCAUUACAAAUUAA